GGAUGGACAAAAUUUCUUCUUCCGGCACUUUUUCUGACGGGGCCCAAGCAAAACUCCGCAUGGCUAGUUGGGCCGCGUUUGGUGCGGUGUGUGGUGCCUUUGUUUUGCUCCAACAAACAGAACAAAAGGAAAAUGAACGCUAUUAUCCGCCGUGCUUACAGCACCAAGACCCUCAUUCCUCCCAAUGUAGCUGCCGCUACCAAGUUGACCGGUUCCGCCAAAGAUGCUCAGAUUAACCAGUUGGUCGAUUUCUACAAGAAACUGCCAAAGGGUACUGUGGAAGCUUCCAAGCCUUCGGGACCCUGGGCUCGUUACAAAGCCCGUUACAUUGACGGUGACAAUGCUUCCAUUACUCCUUUAUUACAUGCAGUGUUUGGUAUCUUCGUCAUUGGUUACAGCAUCGAUUACCACUUCCACUUGAAGCAUCACAAGAAUGUUGAACACCAUUAAAUACGAAACAUGAUAGAAUUUAUACUCAAAAAGAUACACUGACCCUCCUUUGCCAGAAAAUGCGUCAUGUCAUUUGUCAAUAAGAUCUCUAUGUUGGUGGGUUUUUUACCACAGCAAUUUUUCUAUUUCACUGUCUUUUUUAAUAAUGAACAUGCGU